ACAUCCAGAAAGCACGUGUGACAGAUGGAAACAGACGAAAAGGCGUAUACCUUCACGAUAGCUGCUCUCGAGAAGAACUGAAAACGACAUAUUCCCUUCCGUUUUCAAAAUCUAUUUAAAGGGCCGAAGUUCUUCCUCUUUCAUCUCUCUCAGGAGCUGAGAUUUCUUUCAAACUUUCCAUAAUCUCGGAGUCAUAUUUGUGGUGGUUUCAGAGUACAGGUGGUGAUAGAAAUUGUUGGAUGAUUGUGGCUCGUAGAUAAAGGGAUGAGUAACCAACAAUACGAAUAUGGGAGGCCUUCCCCAGGGAAUUUAAGGAAACUGAAAGAGCUUUUGCUUAAAAGUGAUAAUCGCACUUGUGCUGAUUGUGGUGCUCCAGAUCCUAAGUGGGCAUCAGCAAAUAUAGGAGUCUUCAUAUGCUUAAAAUGUUGUGGUGUGCACAGAAGUCUGGGUACUCAUAUUUCAAAGGUCUUGUCCGUGACAUUAGAUGAUUGGUCUGAUGAUGAAAUUGACUUCAUGAGUGAGGUUGGUGGAAAUAUUUCUGCAAAUGCAAUCUACGAGGCUUAUCUACCUAAAGGAUUUUCAAAGCCUGGUCCAAACUCGAGUCACGAGGAACGCAUGAAUUUCAUUAGGUCCAAGUAUGAGUUGCAAGAAUUCUUGAAACCAAGCUUGCGAAUUGCCUCAUUUGCUUCUGCCAUGAGCUCUCUCAAUUCUAGUGAUUCUGGAAAGAAUAUGGAUAGUUUCCGUGUCAUGUCAAAGAAGACGGUAGGAAUGGUGGAAUUCAUCGGGUUGCUGAAAGUUAAAGUGAUAAAAGGCACCAAUUUAGCUAUUAGAGACAUGCGAAGCAGUGAUCCUUAUGUGAUUGUCAAUAUUGGACAACAGAAGGUGCAAACUACGGUUAUCAACAGCAAUUUAAAUCCCGUCUGGAAUGAGGAGCUUAUGCUGUCAGUACCACAGAACUAUGGGGCCCUGAAACUGCAAGUGUUUGAUCAUGACACGUUUUCGGCUGAUGACAUCAUGGGAGAAGCUGAAAUUGACAUCCAGCCAUUGGUGGCAGCAGCCACGGCAUUCGAGGAUGUGGACAUGUAUGGGAACAUGCAGAUUGGCAAAUGGCUGAAAUCAGCGGACAAUGCGCUCGUCCGGGACAGCACCAUCAACAUCAUCGACGGGAAGGUGAAACAGGAGGUGUCUCUCAAGCUACAGAACGUGGAGUCUGGAGAGGUCGAUGUAGAAUUGGAAUGGAUGCCGUUGGAUCAAUAGGGCCCAUCAAUCUUCCGUCGGACUUUGUUUAUAUUGUUUAAUAGAUCCUAUAUCAUUUAAUCUUUCAUUUCUCUUGUGCUGUGGUUAUCAGUUAA